AUUAUAUACACACAUAGCAUAGAACGGAAAUAGGCAGGGGGUAGCAGAUGACUUUUUCCAUCUAUCCGAGCUAUUUUAAGUCUGACUGACAGAUCACAGAGAGUUCACCGGAUGCCAUAUUCAGUUAAGCACGUUGAAAUUUCCAAAUACUAUUUGAAGAAGUAUAUAUUUACUCAAAUUUUAAACAAUGACAAACAAAGGCCGACCAAUUGUACGAUUAGCAAAUGGUGGAAGUGAUCAUGGAGUUGGUGGAAUUGGGUGUUGCUAUAUGAGAUGUUGUACUUGUAUUCAUAUAGAUUUUUUGAAGACAUUACCGGGAGCUAUCAAACUAGUUGAGGCGGUUUUAAGCGGAUUGAUACAAAGUUUACUCAUAAAUAAUGGUCUUCGCUAUAGUGCAACAAUUGGAUCAGCGUUUGAAGGAGCUUUAACAACAUCAUCAGCUUGUUUUCUGACAUCAGCUGUAUUGUUAGUUUGUUACAUUGUAUCUGAAAAAACUUAUAGGCUUAUAAAAGCUUCUUUAUUUGAAAUGAUGUUUAAUACUUUAGCAUGUUUUCUCUAUUUGAGUUCAGCUUCGUAUCUUGCAUUUUCCACAAAAAUGUUCUUAUUACCACAAUAUUAUAUUACGCCGGGAUUUGACGUAUAUCCAGCAAUGAUUGCAGCAUAUAUGAUGAGCGGUGUUGUUGGAGUACUUCACGGAGUAGAUGCUUAUUUUUCAUACCGCCAGUACAGGGGAUCUUACUAGUAAUGUUAUUUUAUUUCUACUUUUAUAAUAAAUUUCUAUUUAUAUGAAAAUUGAAUAGAAUGAUAAAAUAAUAUAUAAAACAUA